UGCCCGCGUCGCUCGCGCUGACGUCAACGCAGCGACUCCGGAAAUGUCCCCGAGGGCAGGAGCCUUUUGGGUCUCCGCGGCCGCUCGAUGGGCUGUCGCUAAGGCUUUGGGGUGACUGCUUUUUCGCUGUGGGUGGCUGGGUGUCUUGCGUGGGCUGCCGGGGGAAGGCUCGGACGGGCUCCGACCUCCCGCCCACCCCCCGAGGCCUUCGGAGUGGCGGUGGGGUCGGCGCGGGCUGCUGUGCUGGAGGCAGGUCCCACCGCUCUGGGGCUGGCUGUGCGCAGGUCGGAUCAGCCUCGGGGCGAGCCCGGCCUCCGAAGUGAGUCAGUGGUGUCUGGUGGGCCGGUGUCGUGCCCCGUGUGAUCCCCCUGAGCCACCCAGCCUCGGCCCCUUCAUUGGAAUAAGCCUGCCCCGCCUACCUGCUCCCUUGGUUUCAAAGAGCAGAUGAAAAAGUGCUUUGGAAGCUAUAAAGUGCAUCGUUAUUAGACGAAGUUGGCAAUGCUCCCUAAAACUCCCUGUCCCUGUCACACUUCUGCUACUAGUAACGUUAGAUAAACUGCAGUGAAAUGACUCUUCAGGAAUUGGUGCACCAGGCUGCCUCCAUUUACUCCAAUAAAAUAGCUGUAUGUUUUGAUGAAUGUAACGAUCAGCCUCCAGUUUAUUACACCUACAAGAAUCUGGUCAGUGCUGCUUCGGAAUUAUCAAAUUUUCUGCUAUUACACUGCGACUUUCAAGGAAUUCGGGAAAUUGGUCUCUACUGCCAUCCUGGGAUAAAUGUACCCUCUUGGAUUUUAGGAAUCCUCCAAGUCCCUGCAGCUUAUGCUCCCAUUGAUCCAGAUUCACCACCAGCAUUAUCAACUCAUUUUAUGAAAAAAUGUAAUCUACAGUACAUUCUCGUUGAAAAACAGCAAAGUAAUAAAUUUAAAUCUUCCUAUGGAAAGUUAUUGAACUAUGAUGCACUUACAGUAGAACAUAAUGACUUAGUACUCUUCAGACUUCAUUGGAAAAAUGUUGAGGUGAGCUUGAUGCUAAAUGAUAGAAAAGAGAAAUACGAAAAAGAAAAAGUGGUAAACAGCACCAGUUCUGAGAAAAGCAAUGAAAAAAAGCCAGAAGAGCAUGUGGAUGCGAGGCUAAAGCAUUGUUUAGCCUAUGUUCUCCAUACCUCAGGCACCACGGGGACACCCAAGAUUGUCAGAGUCCCUCAUGCGUGUAUAGUGCCGAACAUCCAACAUUUCCGGGUACUUUUCGAGAUCACACAAGAAGAUGUUUUAUUUCUAGCUUCACCUCUGACCUUUGAUCCCUCAGUUGUGGAAAUAUUUGUUGCUCUAUCAAGUGGUGCCUCUCUGCUUAUUGUACCAACUUCUGUCAAAGUGCUCCCAUCGAAAUUAGCUGCUGUUCUCUUUUCCCAUCACAGAGUGACUAUUUUGCAGGCAACACCGACAUUGCUUAGAAGAUUUGGAUCUCAGCUUAUCAAGUCAACUGUUUUAUCAGCCAGUACUUCUCUUCGAGUACUAGCCCUUGGUGGUGAAGCAUUUCCGUCACUGACUGUUCUCAAAGGCUGGAGAGAAGUAGGCAAUAGAACACAAAUAUUUAAUGUUUAUGGUAUCACAGAGGUAUCAAGUUGGGCGACUUUUUACAGGAUUCCAGAGGAGAUUCUUAACUCUACUUUGAAAUGUGAAUUGCCUGUACAACUGGGAUUUCCACUGCUUGGAACAGUAGUUGAAGUCAGAGAUACUAGUGGUUUCAGAAUUGAAGAAGGCAAUGGCCAAGUAUUUUUAGGUGGCAGAAACAGAGUAUGUUUUCUUGAUGGUGAAGUGACAGUACCACUUGGCACAAUGCGAGCCACAGGCGACUUUGUGACUGUGAAAGAUGGAGAGUUAUUCUUCUUGGGACGAAAGGACAGUCAGAUCAAACGUCAUGGCAAACGUCUUAACAUUGAACUUGUGCAACAGGUUGCUGAAGGACUUCAACAAGUGGAGUCAUGUGCAGUUAUAUGGUAUAAUCAGGAAAAAUUAAUUCUGUUCAUGGUGUCAAAAAAUGAGUUAGUAAAGAAUUACAUCUUUAAAGAACUAGAGACACAUCUUCCAAGCCAUGCAAUCCCGGAUGAGCUUGUGCUGAUUGACUCUCUACCAUUCACAUCUCAUGGCAAAAUUGAUGUUUCUGAGUUAAACAAGAUCUAUUUAAACUAUACAAACUUGAAGUCUGAGCAUAAGCUCAAAGGAAAAGAGGAACUUUGGGGAAAAUUACAGCAUUUGUGGAAGUCUAUUCUGAGUCUCUCAGAAGAUUCUUUGAAGGUUCCUGAUGAGUCACUCUUCUUAAAUAGUGGUGGAGAUUCCUUGAAGUCCAUACGGCUCCUCAAUGAGAUUGAAAAACUUGUUGGCACAUCAGUACCUGGGCUUCUGGAAAUUAUCCUUAGCAAUUCCAUUUUAGAGAUUUACAAUCACAUCCUUCAAACAGUGUUUCCAGAUGAAGAUCUGACAUUUCGUGAGAAUUAUGCCACUAAAAGAAAAUUCAGCAACGUUAAUCAAGAGGAAACCAGUGGAAAAUCUUUACAUCAGAAGUCAGACAUGCCUUUAAAUUUAGACAGUGGGAUAAAUGCUUUUAUUGCACUGAGCAGAGGGAGUCAGAUUUUGUCUGUGAAUGCUACUAAGUUUUUAACUAAGUUAAAACAUUGCCCUUCAGCCUAUUCUUCUGAUUUAAUUUCACAGACUGCUAUUAAAAAAGUGAAAAGCUUAAAUCCUCCAGCUCUUCUUGGGCAGUCAAAAGAUUCAACAUGUGUUGAAAAAGUUUAUGAAGAUGGAACAUCUGUGAUAAGGGCUGAGACAAUGGAAUUACGAGUCAGGUGGAGGGCAGACACAGGCAAAUGUGUAGAUGCUUCGCCUCUCGUCGUAAUACCAGCUGUUGAUAAGUCAUCUGCAACUGUGUACAUUGGCUCCCAUUCUCAUAGAAUGAUGGCAGUUGACCUUUACUCUGGGAAGGUGAAAUGGGAACAGCUUUUGGGAGAUCGGAUUGAAUCCUCAGCAUGUGUAUCUAAGUGCGGAAACUUUAUUGUAGUAGGCUGUUAUAAUGGGUUAGUUUAUGUUCUAAAAAGUAAUAAUGGAGAAAAACACUGGGUGUUUACUACUGAGGAUGCUGUCAGAAGCUCGGCAACCAUGGAUCCAUCCACAGGAUUCCUCUACCUUGGCUCUCAUGACCAGCAUGCCUAUGCUUUGGAUAUUCAUGAAAAGAAGUGUGUUUGGAAGUUAAAAUGUGGAGGAACUAUCUUUUCUUCGCCUUGUUUGAACUUGAUUCCGUAUCACUUGUAUUUUGCUACACUGGGAGGACUUUUACUGGCUGUAAAUCCUGCCACUGGAAAUAGAGUUUGGAAACAUUGCUGUGGGAAACCACUCUUCUCUUCUCCAAGGUGUUGCCUGCAGUAUGUUUGUGUUGGCUGUGUAGAUGGGAAUUUACUUUGCUUUACUCACUUUGGAGAACAGGUUUGGCAGUUCUCUACCAGUGAACCCAUCUUUUCAUCCCCAUGUCCCUCCACAUCAGAGCAAGAAAUAUUUUUUGGUUCCCAUGAUUGCUUUAUCUACUGUUGUACUAUGAAAGGUCAUCUCCAAUGGAAAUUUGAAACUACCUCAAGGGUAUAUUCAACACCAUUUGCUUUCCAUAACAAGUACAGCAAUGAAACGUUGCUCGCAGCAGCAUCUACUGAUGGGAAACUGUGGAUCUUAGAGUCUAAGAGUGGACAAUUGCAAAGUGUACAACUUUAUGACAUCUGCAUACUCUAUUGUGUGCUCACCAGCUGAAGUCUAAUCUCCUUCUGUCACCAUAUAUUUGACCCCUUUUACCCUCCUCAUCUUUCCCCCAACCCCUUCCACCUUGGUAACCACCAUUCUGUUGUCUGUAUCUGUGAGUUUAUUUGUUCAUUUAUUGCUUUUGGUUUUAUAUCCCCCAUGCAAGUAAAAUCAUACAGUUCUUGUCUUUUUCCACCUGAUUUAUUUCACUUAGUAUAAUACUCUCAAAAUUCACCCACAUUAGGUCAAAUGGCAGUAUUUUAUCUUUUUUAUGGCUGAGUAGUUUUCCAUUGUAUAUAUGUAUCACAUUUUUUUCAAAAUUAUAAGAGGAAGUUUGUUUAGAAAGUUAUAGAGGUAGUAAAAGUGAGCCAUUGAAGAACUGGGCUAAGGAAACAAGUUACAGAGGCAAGAGAAGGGCCCUUGGAGCUUAGGAAAGUACAUGUGAUAAGAAGAUUUGAACACCUGCUCUGGGGAGAGAGAGAGAGAGAGAGACCCUGUGUGGUUCUUUUUUUUUUUUUUUAAAUAUAUUUUUUUAUUGAUUUUUUUACAGAGAGGAAGGGGGAAAGAUAGAAACAUCGAUCAGCUGCCUCCUGCACACCUCACACCGGGGAUGUGCCCGCAACCAAGGUACAUGCCCUUGACCGGAAUCGAACCUGGGACCCUUCAGUCCACAGGCUGACGCUCUAGCCACUGACCCAAACCGGUUAGGGCAUCUUCUUUCUUUCUUUAUUUUUAUUUUUAUUUUUGGGGGGCAUCUUCUUUAGAGUUUAAGUGUCAAUCUUCAGGUGCAGGGGCCUCAGGUAUGCGGGCUAUGGCACCCUCCUGAUCCUGCUGGAUCUAGCUCCAGGAAGCUGGGGACAUGCAAACACGGCCCUGCUGAUCAGCCAGAGAACCUGGAUCGGACUUGGGCCCGCCAUCCAAGUGCAGGGGAAAUGUAAACAGUGGCGCUCACCAGUUUUUCCUGUCCUGGAUAGUUCCCUAAGCUCCUGGAGAGCUGCUGUGGUUCCCAGCCUCCUCUGUGUGGUCUCUUAUUUGUUGUGCAGAGGCUGUUCUAUUGGCCCUCAGUUGUCUCUCAAGAGGAACUGCUCUAAAUAUAGGCAUAAUUUGAUGUAUUUUUGGAAGAGGGCAAGCUUAGCAACCUCCUAUACCACCAUCUUGGACUCACCUCCAAAACAGUAUUUGAGUUUCUGUGCACCAAGGCAACUACCUCACCCACAUCGUUCACUUCGACCUAGUCCAGCCAGGUGGGUCAGUAGCUCUGGCCCGGGGCCCUAAGCUGUGUUUUUCACAUGCAUUCAGCUUUGAAACAUGCUGCUGUUCCAUCACCCACUCUCAGAGUAAGGAGGCUGUAGGGUCAUAUUGUCUGAGACACAGACCAUUUGAUUCCAACUGAGGAUUAAGAUAAACAUUUUAUUUGACCCUAUUCAUUAGUUUUCUCCAAAAACACCUAGUAAAAAAUAUAAUAAGGUACCAUAUAAAAUGCCUUGAAGUAUUUCUUUUGCAACAAAAGCUAUGUAAAUAUGAGCUUGCUUGAAAUUAGUAAAGACAUAAACUUGAAAAGGAAAUUCUGUUGGUGCUAAAGAUCUUGUGGGUAUUUUUUAUUGAAAGAUCAUUUUUCUUUAAUAAUGGACAUUUUACAUUAAAACUUUAUACAACCAAAAUCUAAAAAUAAUAUAAAAUCACACUAAGGUAUUUUCAUGGUUAAGCCUCUACUUAAUUUUAUUGUUGGUAAAAAUAUUGCAAGACACUUGUAACUCUAAUAUUUCUGCUUUAAAAUAAGCAAUUAAGCUAAAUGUCACAAGAAGAGACAAUACAUACUACAAUUUGCUGAUAACUGGCUAAAAUGAUAAUUUAAUAGUAAUUAAUGUAUAAGAAACAAUUGCACUUGAAAAAUUUAAAAAGUAAACAAAAACUCUAGUUAU